AAAGACAGAGAUGGACUCUUACCUUGAACUGGGCUUCUGCAGUGCAGUACCUAUCGUCUCUGAAUGAAUUGUUGAGCGAGUACAAAAGUUGAUCCAUAUAUCGUAUAUUAUUGUUUCCAUAUUGUUAAUAUAAAGGGCUACGCGUUCGUAACUUGUUAUGCACAAAGUAAUGCAAAUGGAAGAAAACCCCCGCCGUACGUUUUAAGCUGUUCAAAUUUUGGAUGCCUCAUCCGGGGUUGCUUGUACGUCACACGGGAAGCAGGAACUCAGCUGUCUGUUUACAUUUUGUACCGCUCACGUUGGCUCCACUUUACACUCUUUUCAUUGGCUGAUGCUCACUCGUAGCUCCACCCCAAGGUGGGGAGAACGCGUAUGUAGUACCCAAUCGAUUCUUUGCAUAUUGGUGACCGCAACCUCAAAUAAAUUAAGAAGAAUCUGCACAUCCAUUAAUAAAUAAAUCAAAGUUAAAACUUCGCAAUAAUGUAAGAAGUAAUAAACAUUUUGUCAGUUGCUGCACACUUUAUUUUUAUAUGGAUCUUCAGUAUGAAAAAUCUAACAAAAACCUAACGUGCAGACGCCAGAAGAGAAAAUUUCAAUUCAACCUUUUGAUUGAAUUCUCCUUUUCUUUGCCAGUGUCAAAGCUAUUGAUGGAUGUAUAAUUUUACAACAUAUAGAUAUACAUUAGGAGGAACAACGAAACGUCCGCGGUUUCGAAUCUGAAAGCGAUGCCCCUGGAGGGCAGACUCGGCGGACGGGCGCAUGCGCGGUAGCAGGGGUGCCGGUACAAUUUAAGACUUGGCGCCGGCGCUCACUGAUGCUAGCUCACUCUGCAGAGUCACACUCCUCCGCUAUCAGCUCUUUUUCAACAGGAUGUCAAGGCGCAGUGUUCGUUUACAAGCCAGAAAUGAAAUUGGAUGUCCCCCAAGAAUCAAUACAACUAGAAAAAGGAGAUGUGAAAUACAAAUAGACGAACCGGAGUUAACAGUAAUCAAGAAACAUAACUACGAAAUACAGAGCUGUUGGGCACCUGGAGUUGCGAGUCCUUGCAUCCUAAUUGAAACACCUCACAAAGAAAUUGAGACCACCACUACUGACUUCUCUGGGUUUAAACAAUACAGAUUUAAAAACCUCUUUAUAAAGCCAUCACCUUUACCACAUCUUAGCUGGGCAAACUCUGAUGAUGUAUGGAUAAGAAUGUUGAAUAAAGAAGUAAAAUACACUCACAACAAAGGCUUUCUAUAUCAGCAUCCAAUGCUGCAACCAAAAAUGAGGGCCAUUCUUCUUGACUGGCUGCUCGAGGUAUGCGAAGUAUAUGCACUGCAUCGGGAAACUUUCUAUUUGGCUCAAGAUUUCUUUGAUCGGUUUAUGGUAACACAGGAGAAUAUCAAUAAAAAUAUGUUACAACUAAUAGGAAUUUCCACACUCUUUAUUGCUUCCAAAAUUGAGGAAAUUUACCCUCCCAAAUUACACGAGUUUGCCUAUGUAACAGAUGGUGCAUGCUCCGUUGAAGAAAUUAUAGAUAUGGAAUUAAUUAUAUUAAAGGCAUUAAACUGGGACUUAUGCCCAGAGACUAUUAUCUCAUGGCUAAAGUUAUAUAUCCAGAUGGCUUCUUUAGAUGAAGAAAGGAAUGUCUUACUACCUCAAUUUCCUCAAGAGACAUUUAUUCAAGUAGCACAACUUUUAGAUUUAUGCAUUCUUGAUAUCAAUUGUUUGGAAUAUCAGUAUGGCGUAUUGGCAGCUGCUGCAUUUUACCACUAUACGUCCUUUGAGCUGGUUCAGAAGGUGUCAGGACUUGAUUGGGAUUCUAUUUCAAACUGUGUAAACUGGAUGUUACCCUUUGUUCAAACUAUAAAGGGAGACUCGACCGCAGUCCUAAAGGAAUUUAAGAAGACUGCAACGGAAGAUAGUCAUAAUAUCCAAACUCACACAAACUACUUGGCAAUGCUGGAUGCUGCACUAAAGAAACAGACCGAAGUUUCACCAGGAUGUUUAUCUCCAGCAUCUUUAGGAGGAAUCCUGACUCCACCAAAAAGCACUGAAAAGUUAUCAUCUUGUACCUUAAGUAAGCAAUCUUCUAGCCUUGUUCCUUACUCCCCCUAAAAAACAAAAACACAACUCGAAGAAGAGAGACGUGUUAUCAGGGGUUCAGAAGCAGAGUUUGUUAGCACUGGUGCCGACUGAGAGGCCCUCGUACCCAGGAUCUGGCCUGCAUUUUAAUUUUCUAUAACACUUAAAACAUUCCAAAAAUCGCCACCGCCACCCCACCCCAUAAGGGCUGAUUUUUUUAUUUCACAUUCUAAUUACCCCAAGCUUUGUUUGAACACCACACUUUUAUGUAUUUUUAUUUUUAUUACAAUUUUAAAAGCCUUGCCUUUUUAUGUAGUCCUCCUUAAUUUUCAUUAGUUACCAUUAAAUGAGGCCUUUUAUCCAGAAACUAUUUAGGUUUUUAAACAAUAUUUGGGGGGGAUUCAACAACAUUGUGAAUUACUUCCUGCCAAACUGUGCAAGCUGAAGUCUGAGCCACGUUUAUGCAAAAAUGCAGUUUUGGGGGGGAUGGCGGUUUUGUUGGGGGGGGGGGUCUUCUACAUGCAAAGUUUUGUUCAUCCUCCCUGCAGUGUUAUGUGAUGUGAACCCACCAUUUACAUUCCUCUAAUAGGUGGAGAGCCCGGAAGAGUGCAACAGGAAUUGUUUACCAUGUAAAUAUGUAGUUGGUUCAAGAUGUAAUUUAAUGUGACUUAUGAAUUACAUUAACUUAAUGACAUUAGCUAAUUUAAAAAAAAAUAAUAAUUCCUAUUUAUAACUAUUUUCAGUAAUUUUGCAAUGUUCUUCCUGCAGGAGCAGAUUUGAUUUCUGUUUUUGUACAUUUUGAUAUUCAAAGAGUCAGUUCUUUCUUUAUCCAGGUCGUUCCAUAAGACAUUUCAAAUACCUCACCCUCGCUUAAAGCUUCUGUUUUUGAUGUAGAUUUGUGCUAUGAAGCCAAUACUUAUUUUGGUUUACAAAUAUAUUUUGUAUCUUACUGUAAAUAUGUAUUUUGUAAAAAUGUAUAUACAGAAGAACUUUUGUCCUGAAUGUUUAUUUUAUAAGAUAAA